AUGAAACUGAGCCAAGCAACUAAGCAUUAUAUUACUCUUAUGAAUAAGUAUAAGGGAUUUAUUGAUACAUGGGAUGCAAUAUAUAAAUUGGAUACAGAAGAAAUAGAUUCAACAACAGUAUUAUACGAAGAAAUCAAGAACAACUUGAUUGAUACUGGAUAUUUUACAGCAAAAGAGAUGAUUGAUAUGAUAGGAAAAAUUUGCAAUGAGAGUUUACAUUAUCGUCGUGGGUACAUAGAGUUAAUGAAGAGAAUAAUUGAAGGAUAUCAAUGCACCGACAUUUAUAAUAUCUCAUUUCUUUCACAAUAUGAUGAUAUUAAAAUAAAUACACCUGAAUAUGCAAUAAUGAAUGAUAACGAAGAUGAAUUAUUGUAUCACUUGAAAAGUAAGAGACUUGACCUCACUAAAAUCCUUGAAAAAUGUUGUUUAAGAGGAGCAGUUAAUUGUUUCAAGUUAUUGCAAAAAGAAUUUGACGUAAAAAUCACCAAAAGAUGUCUUGAUGCUUCAUUUAAAGGUAACAAUCAACAUAUUAUUAAUGAGUGUUUGAAAGAAAAUGAACCUGAUAUAUAUACAACGGAAGCUGCAAUUGUAUCUCAUAACUUCGCUAAUUUAUAUAUCUUGUUGAACGAAUACGGGACAAAAAUCCAAAUGAUUGAUUGUGGAAUAUACAAAAAUCUUCAUGCAUUUAUUUAUCUUUUGGAUUUAUAUGAAAUUAUCAGCAAUGCGUUUGUAAUAUCUCCAUAUUUUCAUAUACCAUCUCUUUGUGAAUAUAUGAUUCAGAAUGGUGCGGAUAUUAAUUAUACAGAUGAAGAUGGCAUAAAUGGUCUUUUUUCAGCAGUAGUUGAAAAUCAAACAGAUAUUGUGUCAAAUUUGAUUUUAAAUAGAGUUAAUAUUAAUGCACUAGAUUCAGAGGCAUUUGAAAGUUUAAUUCAGAAAAACAAUAUAUUAAUGUUGGAGUUUCUUCUUUCACAUGGUGCCAAUGUUAACACCAGAAAUAGAGAACAAGGCCACUCAAUACUUCAUGUAGCUUGCGUAGAAAAUAAUAUCGAAGCUGUUAAUAUUCUAAUUUCACACGGCGCAAAUAUAAAUGAUAAUAGGAACAUUGUACAACAGACACCUCUUAUAUUUGCAUGUUCGCUUAAUCAUAAAGAAAUCGCUGAACUUCUGAUUUCACGUGGUGCAAACGUCACCAUGCAAGAUUAUGAAGGACAUUCUGUACUUCAUAUUGCAAUAGCUUCUAAUAUUGAACAAAGAGAUGGUACAUUUGAAGCAAAUUUGGAAAUUAAUCGAAACACCAAAGAUUUGAUUGAGCUUCUACUUUCAAAUGGUGCAAACGUCAAUGCAAGGGAUGAAGAUGGAUAUACACCUCUUCAUAUGGCAGUAAUGAGAUCUAGGGAUGCGUUAAACACGCCAUUUGACCGGGCGUACAUUUUUUUUGUUCGCCCAAAAAUUUCGCCAUUUGCGAAAUUCAAAAAUUAA